CAAAACAAUAAAAGGCUGUCAGAAAAGGUUUUAAAAGAAGAAGUCAAGGCAGAAAGCAGUCAAAGACACGGAGGCAUUUAAGUCACUGGCACAUUGUGGAAACGGACUUUGUGCUGACCUUUAUUCAACCAUUGCCAUAAUGGAUUUAGGGGAUUAUGAUUCCGGCCAGUAUGACAACUACACUUACAAUGACGAUAACGAGACCACAAUACAGGAGUCCUCUUCCCUACCCAUCACAGGGUGUUUUGAUUCGAUUAUCUGCAUUGCACUCAUUAUCAUCAACGUCGUCAUCUUCAUACUGGGCUUCUGCGGCAAUGCUGUCGUGAUUUGGAUCGCCGGCUUCAAGAUGAACAAGUCGGUGAACACCACCUGGUACCUGAGCCUGGCCAUCUCUGACCUCAUCUUCUGUGCCUGCUUGCCCUUUGGUAUCGCGUACUUGGUGAUGGGAGAGUGGAUAUUCGGCCUGGUCAUGUGUAAGCUCACCUCCUUCGUCAUGUUCCUCAACAUGUUCAGCAGCAUCUUCCUGCUGGUGGUCAUCAGCGUAGACCGCUGCGUGUCUGUGGCUUUUCCCGUGUGGGCGCAGAACCAACGCACCGUCAGGAAGGCCUCAGCCGUGGUAGUCCUGGCCUGGUUGAUGUCCAUCACGCUCAGCAUGCCCAGUAUGGUGUUCCGUGACGUGUCCGACCACCGAGGGAAGGUAACAUGCGCCAACAAUUACACCACAUAUCGACACAGCCAUAAGUACGUGGCGUGGAGCCGCCUCCUUGGAGGGUUCGUGGUGCCCUUCUUGAUCAUCAUCUUCUGCUACUCUGUCAUCAUCCUCAAACUCACAAAGAAUAAGAUGACCAAAUCGACCAAACCCUUCAAGGUCAUGUCGGCCCUCAUCGCCACAUUCUUCAUCUGCUGGCUUCCAUACCACAUCUUCAUUCUGCUGGAGCUGAACCCCCACCAGUUAGAUGUGGAGAUCCUCACCAUUGGACUACAGGUGGGCACGACUAUUGCGACGGCCAACAGCUUCCUGAACCCGUUCCUCUAUGUGUUCAUGGGCAACGACUUCAAGCAGAAGUUCAAGAGUUCCCUGCUCAACAAAAUGGAGAAUGCUAUGGGCGAAGACGGACGCACUCUCAGCCGGUACCUGUCCAGGUCCAGCUCUUAUGACGCCAGGGCCUCUACACACAUCUAGAAUGCUCCAACUUAUGAACAUUACAAACAUAACAUCUGUUGUCUGUGUCCAGAUGGCAAUGUUUUCCCACCUAUAGUUCCUAUACGUCAAAUACAAUCAUUGAUUUGUCUUGUAGAUGGGGACGGAUAUAGCGCAGUGGCUUACGUGUUUGACUUCAGCCUUAAGGGUCUGGGUUCGAUCCCUCAUGUACACAGCCUACCUGUAAGCAUCUUUGACCAAGAUGCCCAACCCCUUUCUACUCCUUAAUGACCUGAAUCUGUAUUCACUGUAAAUCAUGUUGGAUUGAAGUGUGGUAAAUGUAAAACUGGAUCUAUAAAUAAUAUAUCAUAUAUUUCUCAGGUAACCUAAGCUUAGUCCUGGUCCUAGCGGUUAGAGUUGUAUAGAGUUGUUUACUUAAUAUGAUUGUUCACAGGGGUAUGUGGAAAUGUAUACUUUUAAUUUGAAUGUCUUGUCGGUUAAUAGCCAUAAUAACAGGAAUGGGGAUGUAGGAAUUUUGUGAAAUCAUUAUUGAUAUUUUAGGGAAGGAAAAUCACUACAAUUCUCUGCUGUUGUUUUUGCUGAUAAAAAGAUAUUUGUCAAGGAACAUUGCUAAGUUCUACAUGAAUAUGAGAAGUAUAUAAAUAGGUAAAGACAGUCAUCGUCAUAGCUGUUUAAUUAUCGUUUUUCACGAAUACAAUAUAGCUAAAUAUAUGAUCAGCCAAACAUCUAGGCAUAUUGUAUAAUGUUCUUUCCUGUAAUAUGCGUUUCAAAUUAACUAUUAGGUUAAAAUAGGCAUGCUUUAUUACUUAUUCCACUUUGGCUUUAACACCAGUUAAUUACACAAUACAAUAAUUGUUUAGCCUAUCAAAUCAAUUAUAUUCAAAUAUUCCAUCAAAUGUUCUUUCAAUCCUAGAAUCAAAAGGUCAUGAACUUAUGAUUUCAUCAUCAAUAAAAAAAAAUGAACCAGAAUCAAACUGAGCCAGAACUUGGCUGGUGUCUGUAUAAUUAUGAGUAAUACGAUCAUGAGAAUAGAUCGUCUGUAGUAAGGAAAAGUUUUUAGGAAACAUGUGGCACAUAUUUACUAUUCCUUCCACGAUUUAUACUGUCCAUGAAUGCAACGUUUAUUUUACAUCGAUAUUUUUGUAGAUGCUAGAGUUGGCCUUUUUUUGUCUUUCAAAUAAUUUCAGAUAGCCUACUUGAAGCUUAGCAUGCUAGCCUGUGGCCCAUAGCUAUACUUUCUAUGACACUUAGGGUAGAGCUAGAUCCUUUUUUUGAGGAAGGAGAAACGUCUAAGUGAGCAACAGGGGAUAUAUGAUGAUGCUAUUAACCGUGAACCUUUUCUUUCUGACCUUAUAAGUAGGCUACAUAAGGGUUUUCAGACGAGGUUGAGUUGAUCAGAAUAACCUACAUAAAUCAAGCAAGGAAUUUCAUUGUUGUUUGUGUUAUAUGCUGUGUGAAUGCAUGCUUGUGUGUCAAAAAAUGGAAAUGCAAUUUGAAAUCUUGACCCCAGGAAGAACAGCACUCUACUGUGUACGAGGGAUUGUUGAUCAAUAAACAUUUCAAUUUCAAUUUCAA